AAUUUUAAAAUUGCUGAAUGUUUGUGUUUUUCGAACUUACAAUUCUGCAGUUGUGAUAUCGAAUCUUGUGGCAGUAUACAUGUACAAUUCUUAAACGGCAGUGUGACGGUGUAUGUUACGACCUUAUUUCCAAAUGAAUUUCACCAAACUACAACAAUUUUUAUGUAAGACUCCUGCAUAACAUUUGAAUAUGAAAAUGGACAACGUUGGUUCAACUUGAAAUGCCAACUAUUUUUAUACAAUGAAAAGUUAUAUUUAAUCGAAUUCUCCCAAACGUUUAUUGACCAUUGGAAUGUCAACUAAAUGACCUCAUUAGUGUUCACAACGUAUUCCUAUGUAUAGCAUUGAUACAUAUUUUGGUCACCCUCACUUCCUACGUUUAAUGGAAAUGAAUGGAGGGACAAUAAAAGACGAAAGUCUAUGCAGUCUUCUCGCAUUUAACAGUUCAUUUGGAACAGAAAGCAACAACCGCAAUGUGAAGUCACUGCUAAAUAUUGCUCAACUGCAUGAAGAUAACGAGAACAAACUUCAAAGCGAAAACUCAGCGAGUAAUGUUUCAUUAGGAAGGAACAAACCACAAAUUAAUAAGCUUGGGAACCGAUCAAGCGGAUCAAGGACCAAGGGAAACAUCAGUCCGACAUAUAAUUGCUUAAAACUUGAAACUCAGAUCAAAUCCCCAAAAACUCGAACUCGGGCUGUAGCAUAUGGAGGUGUGGAUCUUAAUCAAUUUCCGGUAAAUACAAUACCCAAAAGCUGCGUAAACGAACCACCUAACCUUCCGAUUUCAUUACAUGAGUCGAUUAGUACUUCGUGUGUAAAGCCGUCAUCAAAUAAAACAAUAAAAACAUGCCUCACUCCGGAAAUGGCAAUGAAGUUGUAUUUUCAUAAACUUAGCGCGUACGAACACCACGAAAUAUUGAACUAUCCUUAUGUAUAUUUUGUGGGACAUAAUGCAAAGAAAAGAAACGGAAUUUUAGGUACAGGAAAUAAUUGUGGUUAUGAUGAUGAUCAGGGAUCCUACAUACAUACUGCACACGAUCAUGUUGCCUAUCGUUAUGAGAUUUUAAAAAUACUCGGGAGAGGUAGUUUUGGACAGGUUGUUAAGGCUUACGAUCAUAAAGAUGGUGUCUAUGUUGCACUAAAAAUGGUGAGAAAUGAAAAGCGCUUUACAAAUCAAGCGACUGAAGAAAUCCGAAUUCUUGAACAACUGAAAAAACAGGAUGUAGACAAUACGCGUAAUGUCGUGCAUAUUUCCGAACACUUUACUUUUCGUGGUCAUGUUUGUAUAACAUUUGAACUGCUAAGCAUAAAUCUAUAUGAACUUAUCAAACGAAGUAAAUUUCAAGGAUUUCCUCUUCAGUUAGUAAGAAAAUUCGCUCAUUCAAUUUUAGUAUGUCUGGAUAUGCUGCACAGAAAUAAAAUCAUUCACUGUGAUUUAAAACCAGAAAACAUCUUGCUUAAACAACAAGGUAGGAGCGGGAUUAAGGUAAUUGAUUUCGGUUCAAGUUGUUAUGAAAGUCAGCGUCUAUACACUUAUAUACAAUCAAGAUUUUACAGAGCUCCGGAAGUGAUUCUCGGGUGUAAGUAUGGUCUACCGAUUGAUAUGUGGAGUUUUGGAUGUAUAUUAGCGGAGUUACUAACAGGUGCUCCUAUAUUUCCAGGAGAAGAUGAAGGAGACCAACUUGCUUGUAUAAUAGAAUUGCUUGGGAUGCCGCCCCAAAAGCUACUGGAUCAAUGCCGAAGAGUGAGAAAUUUUUUCUCAACGACUUAUGGAUACCCAAGAUACUGCAUGGCUAUGGAUGCAAAUGGCUGUGUCGUACUUCGCAGUAGUAAUACCAAAAGGGGUAAAAUCAGAGGUACUCCUGGAAGUCGGUCAUUAGUCACGGCCCUUAAAGGUUGUGAAGAUACAGUUUUCCUUGAUUUUAUUAAAAAGUGUUUACGAUGGACACCAGAGGAGCGCAUGACUCCACGAGAGGCUUUUAAACAUGAAUGGCUUCGCAGGAAACUGCCGAAACCACCUGGAUUCAAGAACAUGUCUUCAAGUGUAUCGAAACCCAACACAAUGAACAGAGCCACCCAUACUACACAAUUACCACCUAAUAUUUCUACAACUAUUAAUACUGCAUCCAACACAACCACGACAAUUACAGAUAACACAUCUGUAAGUUUAAAACCCUUUGGGAAAGUUCAAAGUAGUGUUUCAAAGACCGAACGUGUUAGUAAGUUAAAUGGUGAAGGGUGUGUACAUCAAGUUGAAAAUAGUUCUGUUCACGCAGAUGUUUAUAAUUUAUGUGAUUCUACGAAGGCUACAGCCCCAUGCUCUAUCACAAGUACGCUUUUAGCUACAAGUGAACCGAGAUCUAUUACAUCAGUUAGUAAAUCUGCAAGUCAAAUGUACACUAACUCUGAAAUUAACCCAGAAAAUAAAAUAACAAUGACAGUUACGACGGAAUCACUUCAAGAUGUAGGUGAAAGAAUACUCAUAAGAAAGAACACAUUAUGUACCGAUAACAUAAGACAAUCUGAACAUAAAGAACGAUAGUGUAAAACUCACAACUAGGUGACAUUAGGUAUACACUACUGCAAUUUUCGAAUAAGUUGACACGUCCUCCAAAAUUGAUAUCCAGAACUUUUUCUUUGAACGGAUAUUUGAGAAUAAGAUAAAAAAUAAUUCGCUCUACUCUUCUAACUUUAUUUUGCGUAAAUUUUACUUUGAUUUUCUUUUCUAUAGUUUGCUUCUACCUGGGUGUAUUUUGACGAUUAUUUUUAACAGUAAGAGAGUUAGUUCAAUAAUCUCAUUCACACUUAUUUUUUCACACAUUUGUUAUUUUAAUGAUAAGUAAUUGAUGGCAAUAGCAACAGUGAUAAUAAUAAUUAUAAUUAGUCAUGAAUUAUUUUUGACUGAUCUGUACAAAUUUACUCAACUUUCAUAUGUACUUCAUACAAAAUUGUUGAGUUGUAUCCCAGUGAUAUUUUAAAAAUCUUAUGCUGGUAGUAAAAACCAAACCAAACAUUCAGCUUUUGUUAAUAUUUUAGUUUUUUAUUUUCUGCAAAAACUGGAUGAUCUAAUAAAUGUGUUAUUAAUGAGAA